AUGACUGGAUCCACAUGUAACAUCAACACAUCAGAGUCAGAUACUGGAGUGUACUGGUGUGAGUCUGGAUCAGGAGAGUUCAGCAGUGCAGUCAACAUCACUGUACAGAUAACUGGACGCAGUUCAUCUCCUGUGUGGUUGAUGGUUGGACUGGUUUGUGGAGUCUCUCUCAUUAUUAUUCUCCUGCUCUUGUUGUAUCGCUGCAGACAGUCCAAGUAUUCCUGCUUCACCAGGUCGAUCCAGUCUGAGAGUCACAGUCCGGGCUCCUCCACAAAUCAUGGAGUCAACCAGGAUGAAACUCAUGUGUACGACUCUCUUCAACAUGGUACUGCUGACACCUAUGAAUCAGUCACGCAAGUGACAAACAGAAAUGAUUCCUGCUUCACCAGGUCGAUCCAGUCUGAGAGUCACAGUCCGGGCUCCUCCACAAAUCAUGGAGUCAACCAGAAUGAAACUCAUGUGUACGACUCUCUUCAACAUGGUACUGCUGACGUCUAUGAAUCAGUCACACAAGUGAAAAACAGAAAUGGUUCAGAUGAAUAUGAUGACGUCACCUCAUCUCUUAUUGAGUUUAAAGAUCUUAGAACUAAGAAUACAGAGUCUGCCUGCGCCUUCUACACAAAUCCUAUAAGGUGGGACAGGCAUGAGGGGCAGCCAGUGACCCCUCACACACGUCCUUAUGCUGAUAUCCAGGGCAGCUGUGGUCCAGCCAUCCCAUACACCCAGUUCCUCAGGUGAGGGGGGCUAGGGCCCAGUUGAUCCCUGCUCCAGUUCCCAGGCCGGCUGAAGCUCUGCUAGUCCCUGCACCCGUACCUGUUCUUCGGGUAGGGACAGCAGCUGCCCAGCUGUCGCCGGUGCCUGUUCCGGUUCCCAGGGUGAGGCUAGCCAGGACACAGCCUACCUCUGCACCCGUACCUACUCCGCGGGUGGGAGCAGCUAGUGCGCAGCAGGCCCCUGCACCUGUUUCUGACCCCGCUGGAGGCUCAGGUGGGCCCGUCCAGCAGUUUUCUUCAGGUUCCGUAGGCUCAGAAAACCUAGCUCCGCCAUCUGCUCAUCCAGCACCUCACCCACCAUUACUACCAUCGUUACAACAGUCAAUACAUCUUAAACUUCUAUCCAUAGCUCAAACAUUAGCUCACCUAUCAGCCCAGUCACCAGCUCCGUUACCUCCUCAGUCAUUUAGUCAGCUGCCUGUACCUGCUGGAGGGUCCGAGGGGCCCGUUCAGCCACACCGUCUGGUCCUGCCUCACCUCGUCCUGUCCGGCCUUCAGCGUCGCCGCCGUUGCUUUUCGCACGGUCGGCCUCCUGACCUAAAAUGUUCUCGACUGUUGUGCUGUCGACCUGCAGGCCGGCACCCUGAACCUUUUCGAGACCGUUACCUGGGCCCCUGCGCCUUUCAUGGACUUUUUGUUUGUUUCAUUUUGAACUGUUCCUAGGCCUCAGUGCUGUUGGUCUCUGGCUCAUGUUUUUGGUUUGUCUCGAGCUAUGUGUUGGUGUGCCUGGGUCAUUGAUCCAGAGUUUUGAGUUUUCAUUAUUAUAGUACUUUGGUUUUUGCCUUUAUUUAUAAUUUCUAGUCUUUUGGUUUCUUUGUCAGAGUUGUGCCUUCUGGGUUCUGUUCUGUUCCAUAGUUGCUGUCUCCCUGUGUCAAGUCUGUUAUGUUAUGUUUCCUGUUUUACUUUGAAGGACCUUGUCUUUUUAUAUUGUCUUUCCAGUUCGAGCCCCAGCUUGGACAGUCUUGGUCGUUGUGUCCUUGGGCAAGACACUUCA